AUGCAGUAUAUUAAAGACGAGUGGCACCACCUAAAGAAUAGCCAAAGGGCAAAUCGAUCCAAAGGGGCUUUGUCUCUCCCUAUUGCUCAUUUCUCACCCCUGACUCUGGCUAGAUCCAGACCAGCUCCUAACAUAUCCCAUUCUGAUCCCACAGACUGUACCUUGGCUGUACUUGGAAAAUUCUCUAGAGUGAUUGUGCACAUUUCCUCAUUUAUGUUCUGGUCUCAGGAAGAAUUAAAAACACUUUUGAAAUCUGCCGGCUGCAAACUUGUGGUGGUUGAAUUUUCAGCAAAGUGGUGUGGUCCUUGCAAAAAGAUUUGUCCUCUUGUUCAUGCAAUGUCUCUCCAUUACCAAAAUGUUUUAUUUGCUAAUGUGGAUGUCGACGAUUCUCGGGAUCUGGCCCACAUUUGUAAUGUCAGAGUAAUACCCACAUUUCAGUUUUACAAGCAAUCCAAAAAGAUUUUUGAAUUUUGUGGAGCUGAUGCUAGCAAAUUAGAAUUGAAGAUUCAAGAACUAAUGUAACCUGAUCUCCAAGACAAAAUACACUUGCAGCAUUUUAAAGCCCACAGCCAAGUGUUUGUGUUUUCAUUUCCAGCAAAUAUUGUGAUAUUCAACUGUGCUCUCUCCUAAUGCGCUGCAAGUUGAAUUUUCUGCUUGCCGCUC